UCAAACCCAAACUUCUAUGGCCGAACCAGAGUAUUGGAAGAGAUUCAUAAUGAAUUAUUUGGUUGCACUUCCGACUCAAAAUCAACGCAGUAUCAGAGGUCUUGCCUCAUCCAUGGCAUCGGAGGAAUGGGCAAGACACAAGUUGCCCUAGAAUACACCCAUCGCUACGGAGACUUUUAUGACUAUAUCUUCUGGGUACGGGCCGAGACAGGGCUUGAGAUGAUUAAGGACAUCAUUACAAUCUCGGACAAGCUCAACCUGGAGCAGCCAAAGCAUGGCGGUGAUGGUGCAAUUAUCGACAAGGUUCGAACUUGGUUCGAAACCACCACUGACAGGAAAUGGUUACUGGUAUUCGACAACGUUGAGGACAUGGAAAGCCUGACGCCAUAUCGGCCGCGGUUGGGUCAUGGUUCAUUGCUGCUGACAUCACAAAACGCUGGACUCCGUUCCCAGACAACCCACAACAUUCCCUUAAAGCCGUUUGGCGAAGAAGAGGGUGCUAGCUUUCUCCUGAAGCAACUGAAUGGAGAACAUCCUCCGACAGAGAAUGACGAUGCGAUCUCGUUGUGCAAAGAACUUGGGGGUUUACCACUGGCGAUCGCGCAUGUUGCGGGUUAUAUGGCAGAAUCAGAUGUGUCUGUAAAGGAUACGCUUGACAUGUUCACGCAGCGCCGUGAGUCUGCCGAGAUCUUCAAUACAAAACCGGAUACAACGUUUGUGUAUAGCAAAGCCCUCGACUUUGUCUGGGACGUUGCGUUGCGGGAGCUGGUCGACGACACACUCAGGCUGAUGCAUGUCUUGUCCAUGCUGAAUCCGGAGGGCGUGCCAGAGGAGAUGCAACGUGGAGAUCACUUGGAGCAAGGUCUUUCAUUUUUAAGUAAGUCGAAACGGGCACAAUUCUUGGCUAUGAUUCGCAGCCUUUGCCGUCGGCAGCUCAUUUCCAAGACAGAGGUCUCAGGGCGGCACUGCCUCUUGACCCACCAAUCGCUGCAACGCAGCAUCUUGCAUCGCCUGGAUGGCGUGGAGGGGAAACUUGAGGAAAUCUUCCAGACAACUCUCACGCUUCUCCGCAAAGUAUUUCCUCGGCAGUCAUCCAUCCAAUUUCCUCAGAAUGAUCAUUGGAAAGUGUGGGAGCUGUACAGUCCCCAUGUUAUGAGCUUGAGAAAAGUGCAUGCGGAAUCGGACCAGAGUCUUUCAUCAUCAAUCGGGUUCGCGGAGAUUCUGGGAGAUGUGGCGAACUACUUCUGGGAGCGGAACCUAUUUAACAACGGUAUUCUGGCAUCCGAAUCUGCAGAAAGAUAUGCGAAAGCCUCCCGGGCCAGUUUCCUCACCUACAAGCACACAUCUUUACCAUCGGAGCAUCAAUUCGGUCGCAUGGAGGCAUUUCAGAACGGAAGGAAUCCCUUCAAGGUUUCCAGAAAUCACUUGCACUACGACAGCAAUACAUAAACGAGCUUUGUCCCGAACAUGCAACAGAGGAUGAUAUCGG